CCUCAAACCAACCUUAUAAAUAUAACAACAACUUCCGAUCAUUCAUUCAACACACUCUCUUCUUCUUCUUCUUCUUCAUAGAUUUCAUUACCUUAAACCCCAUCAUCAUUCAAUCUUCAAUGGCAUCUUAUACUGUACAAAUUUCGCUUUAAACUCCACGCUUAUUUGUCCCAAAGUUUGAAGCUUUAUGGGUUUUAAGCUGUUAAACACACCAAAUGCAAAUUAGGGUUUUAAUCUUUAUGUCUUUCUGAGCAUAACCCAUCUGCUUCUUGAUGGCAUUUUCGUGAUUACUACCAAAUUCACCUUCAUUUUUCGAUAAUGGCGUCUGUGCCGCAGUCAUUUGGGCUGCGGCUGCGGCGGUCGGAGGUGGGUUUCCGGCCGCCGGUGCUUUUCCGCCGGAGGAUCUUGAUUCGAAACAGUGAUUGUAAAAUUAAGUGUUGCUGCUCCGGUAAGGUAACCCCGAUCCGGAUAAUUGGUUCCGGGUCGGGUCGGUAUAAUGCUGAUGAAUGGGUUGAUUUGAAGAAGAUGACUCAUAAAGAUAGAAUUCAAGCUGCCCCUGCAUUGCCCUUUGCAUCAUCAUCUAAAUCCUUGACAUCUUCAAGACAAGAGAAAUUCUUUCCACGCUGUACACCGAAAAACUCGGGGCCCCAGUUUCGUGACACUCCACCAAAAAGAGACACCGGUAUUGCAAAUGAGAAGGAUUGGGGCAUAAGUUUAAAUGAACAUGUGAACGAGUCCGGUGUGAAUGCGGAUGGUAGUACAUGGUACAGAGAAAGUGGAGAAGAUUUUGGUGAAAAUGGAUUUAGAUGUAGAUGGACGAAAAUGGGUGGUCAAAGUCACGAUGGUCUUUCAGAAUGGAAAGAAACGUGGUGGGAGAAAAGCGAUUGGACCGGAUACAAAGAGCUAGGCGUUGAGAAAUCUGGAAGAAAUUCUGAAGGGGAUUCGUGGUGGGAAACAUGGCGAGAAGUUCUUUACCAAGAUGAAUGGAGUAAUCUAGCAAGGAUUGAAAGAAGUGCACAAAAGCAAGCAAAAUCAGGCAUAGAAAAUGCCGGUUGGUAUGAAAACUGGUGGGAAAAAUACGAUGCCAAAGGGUGGACCGAAAAAGGAGCACAUAAAUACGGUAGAUUAAAUGAACAAUCGUGGUGGGAGAAAUGGGGAGAGCAUUAUGAUGGAAGAGGAUCUGUUCUCAAAUGGACGGACAAAUGGGCCGAAACUGAACUUGGAACGAGAUGGGGAGACAAAUGGGAAGAGAAAUUUUUUUCGGGUAUCGGGUCUCGUCAAGGAGAAACCUGGCAUGUAUCCCCUGCUGGUGAACGUUGGUCAAGGACAUGGGGCGAAGAACACUUUGGAAACGGCAGCAAGGUGCACAAGUAUGGAAAAAGCACAACAGGUGAAAGCUGGGAUAUUGUUGUAGACGAGGAAACUUAUUACGAGGCUGAACCACAUUACGGGUGGGCAGACGUUGUUGGUGAUUCAAGCCAGUUACUAUCGAUCCAACCACAAGAAAAACCACCGGGUGUGUACCCGUAUCUUGACUUCGGGUCAACCCCUUCUCCAUCAUUGCCGAAAGACGAUGAUCCUUGACACCAAGUCGAACCAGGUGCUUGUUUUUUGCAGUCGGUUAAAAGGACCUCAAUCCGGAUUUGUUUUCGGGUGAUUUGCAUUGUUUAUUUAUUAUAUUUCCAUUCUUGGUUUAGGGGAAUGGUGUUAGUUUUCUUAAUGGUGGAUUGUAUUGUUUGUUUCUUGGAUAGACAUUGUUCAUUCAUUCUGAUAUUGAUGGAUCUAGUCUAGGGAUAGUUUAGAUC